AUGUCAGCACUCAAGCCUGCAGUUGCCAUUGGGUCCUCAGUGGUGGACCUCAAGGAGUUCGCAACAGGAGGCGGCUUCGCAGAGCUCCCAGAGAUCCACGGCCACCUCCACGUCUUCGGCGAGGAGACGCUCAACGGCUUCGCCGCGCUCGGCAGACGCGUGACCAACUCGGUCAGGCUGUACCUAAGCGACAUCCUCACCGAGAACACGAAACGGGCGGCCCUCCUCAGGGACAACGCAGCACUCCGCAGGAGGGCCGUGCUGCCGCAGUCGGGCGUCACGCUGCACCUGCCCAUGCGCAUCGGCGACUACACCGACUUCUACGCGGGGCUGAGGCACGCCUUCACCGUCGGCACGAUCCUCCGCGGCGCGGACAAGGCGCUGCAGCCCAACUACAAGCACAUGCCCGUCGCCUACCACGGCCGCGCGUCCUCCAUCGUCGUGUCCGGGACGCCCAUCCGCAGGCCGAGGGGCCAGGUCGCGCCGCCCGGGUCCGCCACCCCGACCUUCUCGCCGUGUAGGCGCCUGGACAUCGAGCUCGAGAUCGCCGCGCUGCUGGGGAAGCCGAGCGAGAUGGGCACGCCUGUUCCCGUGGCCGAUGCGUCUGAGUACGUUUUUGGCUAUGUGUUGAUGAACGACUGGUCGGCCAGAGACCUUCAAGCAUGGGAAUAUGUGCCCUUGGGUCCAUUCACGGCCAAGAACUUCGGGACGACCAUCAGCCCCUGGGUGGUCCUGGCAGACGCUUUGGAGCCUCACCAGGCGCCUGCUCUUCCGAACGAGAACACGCCACUGCCGUAUCUCGUGGAGGAGAGGAAGGACAACGUGUUGGACAUCCAGCUUGAAGUCGAGCUGCAAACUGCUUCCGGAAGCAAAACAGCCCUGACGAGGACGAGCUCGUCUAACCUACUCUGGUCGUUCCCGCAGAUGAUCGCCCACCACACCAUCACAGGAUGUAAUCUCAGCGUUGGUGACCUGCUCGGCUCCGGUACCAUCAGCGGAACCGACAAAGGCACCCAGGGCUCACUCCUGGAGGCCACAGAGGGCGGGAAGAAGCCGUUGCGAUUACCCGGUUCCUCCGAGACGAGAACUUUCCUGGAGGAUGGGGACGUGGUCACGAUAAUUGGGCGAGCUGGUGACGAGGAGAGUGGAUACGUAGGAUUUGGUGAAUGCAGUGGAACAAUCAUGCCAGCGCUGUCAUAG